AUGUUCCUGAAGGGUACUCGCAAGGAGAAGCCGGACGAGGAUAUCAGGAGGCUGGCCCUUGGCAAGUUGCGUGAUUUGAUCUUAGGUGAUCCACUUUCAACCCAACUCGGGAAGAGCCUUUGGGAACAGAGCGAUGGUGCAACUGACAGAGAAAUUGAGCAAUCAUUUCAGGAUUGUUUCAGGAUGAAGGCCUCGUCGACACUCCAGAAACGUGCACAAUCCCUCUGGCGGUUCGCCUCGAAGCUGAAGGAAUGUGGAGUCCUCAAACCGUUUAGGAUUUCUGAACUACAGCUGUAUAAUGUCUUGUGCAAUUUGAGACAAGAAGGGUCAGGUGCUACUUCAGCGCAGCAUAUGAUUGAGGCCUUGUUUUUCUUGGAUGGUACGGCAAAGUUCAUUCAGAUGAAUUUGCAUUCAGUUGUUUCUGGACGCUGCAGAGGGGUAGCCAGGGAUAUGUACCUCGGCAAGGACCCUUUGCUUCAGAAGAGCCCUUUGACGGUGUUUCAAGUCCGAGCCUUGGAAGAGCUUAUGCAAACUGAGACAGAUGCCAAUUGCUGCAUUAUUGGACAAUUGCUGUUUUGUCUGCGCGCAUGCUGUAGAUGGAGGGACAGUCAACGUUUGCAGUCCGCAUACAUCGAACACAGCAAGGGAGAGUCCGUGAUUCAUGCAGAUGCACUGAGCUCGAAGACUUCUCUCACGCUGGACGCCAAGACGCGAUUCUUGCCAUAUGUUGCAAUUGGCACUGGUUUGAUGGGUGAGGACUGGGCCAAAAGGUGGCUUUCAGCUAGGGUGAAUCAGUCGCUGAAUUUUAAGGAUUUUGCAUUGCCCAGUUUUUCAAUGCGGACGAUGGACUGGACAGACACCUUGAUGAGUUCUUCGGAAGCCACCGCCUGGCUUCGAGAGUUCCUCUCGAUCACCUGUGCAGAUUUUGAGCCAAAGAAGUAUGCAUCCCACAGUCUCAAGACAACGGUCCUCACUUGGGCUGGAAGGUCAGUUUUGGUGCAGUUCUCGCCCACGGAGCGGCGUUUACUUGGACAUCAUGUGGACCCGUCGAUGCGGUCGGUACUCACCUAUUCACGCGAAGCCUAUACCACUCUCUAUUCCAAAGUUUUUCAGAUGUAUCUGUCGAUUCGGAAUGGGCAGUUCCAACCUGAUUCCAAGGCGAUUGACAGGAUUUUGGAGUCGCCCGAAGGUCGAGCUGCAACGGCGAGUGCCCCGGCAGUAGGAGCAGAGGUGGUUGGUGGCUCAGACUCUGAGUCAAGCUUAGCUUCUGAUAGUGAGAUCGAUGAGCGCGUGGAGAUUGGCAUUGAGCAGUGGUUGAUUGACAAAAUAGUUGACAAGAACUUUGCGAGCUUUGGUCGCUUUGCAUUCUCGGUGGCAUACUCACCGCAGCAUCCUGACGACCGACCAUUCAAAACUUUCAUUGAUGCAUUGGCUGAGGUGGAGGUGGAUGGAGACCAGUUUGCGUCACUACGACGCCUCUUCUUCGAGGCGCACACAAUGGCUUUAGCCGAUGUGAGGUCGCGUGUUGGGGCGACACCGGAUCCAGCUGUGGCCACAAAAAAGCUCCCUACAGCAGAACGAGUUUCGAGGCAAGCCGAUCAGGAGCAGCGACUUGGAGGCAUCAUCUUUACACCUGACACCAUCCCUUCAAACCACUUAGUGGAUUUGUUCGUGGAGAUGUGCGAAACCGGUAUUUUGACAUAUGUCAAGCCAGAGCAGUGCUGCAGCCGAGCUCUCGAGGUGAACUCCAUCAAAAAGGACCCUGCAAUCUCUACUGAUGCUUCCGGCUUGCUCAAAGUAGGAAGCAAAGCUAGUGAACCUACCUGUGAGGCCAACACGGAACUCAAGCUGAGGGCAGCAUGGCAGCGAAGGAGCUUGGCAAUGGACCUGUCUGGGAUCGCAAGUUUCGAAGUUAUUGAGACAUGGGUUCAAUAUCUUUUUCAGCAGUUGAUCAAAGACCAACCGCGUGGGUUCUCCAAGAUUUCGUUGCAGCAGGUUCUGGAAUGUGACAGAGCUCUUUUUGUACAAGCAUCCCACACCACCAUGGGCAGGUUGCAGAGCACCCCUCCUGCAAAGAAGCCUUUGGACGAAGCGAUCGUCCAAUGGAAGGCAGCCAACGAAGUUUUGCAGUACCUGACACCGCUACCAUCACUCAAGGGAGCGCCACAAGACCCGACACCUGCGAACCACCGCCCGACGAAGAUCCAGAAAGUGGACAAGGCAGCAACAAAGGGUGUCGGGAAGGCUACUGACACGUCUUCCAAGCCAAAGCUGCCAGAGGGCUGUGUGAGUCAUGAUGAUAAGAACCGUCCGCUGUGUUUUGGCUUCCAGACUGGCAAGUGCAAGUUCAAGGGCCCACCGGGCAAGAGGUGUGCCCGCGGUUUCCAUCUUUGCUACAAGGCUGGAUGUCAUCGACCCAAACCGCAUCACCUUUGCACUCACACGGACUGA